AUGGCUCUAAAAGUCUAUACAAGCCUUUUGCUCUUAUUCUUGGUCAAUUCUGUGUGGACUCGAACUGUGAGACAAGCUUAUGAUGAGAUGGAGCCUGACCAUUGGUCUCACUACACUUUUGAGUGUCCAAGAGAGUGCUUUUGUCCUCCUAGCUUCCCCAAUGCAUUGUACUGUGAUAACAAAGGACUUAAAGAAAUACCUGCAAUCCCAGCAAGAAUUUGGUACCUCUAUCUUCAAAACAAUCUAAUUGAAACAGUUUCAGAGAAACCGUUUGUGAAUGCCACUCAUCUGAGAUGGAUAAAUCUGAACAAGAAUAAGAUCACCAACAGUGGAAUUGAGAAUGGUGUGCUGAGCAAGCUGAAAAGGCUGCUUUACUUAUUCCUUGAAGAUAAUGAAUUGGAAGAGGUGCCUGCCCCAUUACCAGUGGGCCUGGAACAGCUAAGGCUGGCUAGAAACAAAAUCUCCAGAAUCCCAGAAGGAGUCUUCAGCAACUUGGAAAACCUUACUAUGUUAGAUCUGCACCAGAACAGUUUGUUGGACAGCUCUCUUCAAAGUGACACCUUCCAAGGACUCAACAAUCUCAUGCAACUCAACAUAGCAAAAAAUUCACUCAAGAAAAUGCCCUUAAGCAUUCCAGCUAACACACUGCAGCUGUUUUUGGACAACAACUCCAUUGAAGUGAUACCAGAAAACUACUUCAGUGCAAUACCCAAAGUAACUUUCCUUAGGCUGAACUACAAUAAAUUGUCUGAUGACGGUAUUCCCCCAAAUGGGUUUAACGUUUCAUCUAUUUUAGAUCUACAGCUGUCUCACAACCAGCUCACUAAAAUUCCACCAAUCAACGCUCACCUCGAGCACCUUCACCUUGAUCACAACAGAAUCAAAAGUGUCAAUGGUACUCAGAUAUGCCCAGUCUCAAUUGCUGUAGCAGAAGACUAUGGUUUUUAUGGCAACAUCCCUCGCCUCCGAUACCUUCGCCUGGAUGGAAAUGAAAUUCAACCUCCAAUCCCAUUGGACAUCAUGAUAUGUUUCCGACUACUUCAAGCUGUUGUCAUAUAA